CCUGGGGAACAGGUCGGUUUUUGUUACGUUACACGCACCAAGUAAGAAAUGACAAAAUCAGAAGAUGACAUCAACCUGGAUGGGGUUCUAGAGGAAGUCGGCAGAUUUGGGCGCUUCCAGAUGCGCCAGUACGCGCUGAUGAUCCUCCCGAUCAUCUUCAACGCUCUCUUCACGCUCAGUUACGUGUUCACGGCGGGAAAUUUAAACUACCGGUGUGUUGUACCGGGAUGUGACGACGCCGGUCAAAGUACGCCCUACAAUCCCGCGUGGCUCAACAACACAAUUCCAUUCAAGGAUGGGAUGCCGGUUCAGUGCGUAAGAUUCGCGCCGAUAAGCAAUGAAAGCUUAGAAAGACUGUAUUGCGACGCCGCUGGUAGUUUCAACAAAAGUGUAACAGUCGAGUGCAGUGACCUUAUCUAUGAGGAUGAAGAGGUGACAAUCGUGCGGGAUUUCGGCAUCACUUGUCCGCAGAAUGACUGGAAGCUGACGCUGGUUGGGACAAUCAAUAACAUUGGACAGUUUAUAGCGCUCCCCAUCGGGGGAUACAUUUCGGAUCGCUUUGGUAGACGCUUGAUACUGCUGUUGAGCGUUGCCGGUAGUGCAAUUUUCGGAGUGAUUCGUGCGUACUCCACGAGCUAUGAAAUGUUCUUGAGUAUGGAGUUUCUUGACCCGGUGAUUGGAUCUACCAUGUACACGACCGCGUUCAUAUUGGCGCUGGAACUAGCCGGUCCCCGGAUGAGAGUCACCGGAGGAUUCAUCAUCUCGUGUUCAUUCGCUUUUGGGGAAGCUUUGCUGGGACUGCUCUCUAUGUUUUUCCGCAAUUGGCGAACACUUCUCAAGGUGGUGUACUACCCGGGAUUAGUAUCGCUGCCGUUGCUCUGGAUGACCGCGGAGAGCGUUCGAUGGUUGAUCUCAAAGGGCUACCGAGAAAAGGCUUUCAACCUGCUACAGAAAGCAGCCCACAUGAAUGGCAGGAGCAUUUCUGCGGCUACACUCGCAAAGUAUUGCCCAGCCACGGACACUGAGGGGGUGUCCGGAGAAUCAGUUGAAAAGUCUUUCUUCAGCGCGUUGCAGCAUGCAUUCCGUAAUCCCGGAUUAGUUCUGCGGAUCGUUAACUGUUCGUUUUGCUGGCUCACAAACGUGCUCGUGUUCUAUGGACUAAGCUUGAACUCGGUAACGUUAGCUGGGGACAAGUACUUGAACUGGAUACUGGUGUGUCUUAUCGAACUUCCUGGAUAUCUGAUGCUAUUGCUGAUCCUAGAUCGAGUUGGUCGCAAGCGAACUCUAUGUACCUCGAUGGUACUGUGCGGAUUGUUUUGCUUCUUAUCCGAGUUUGUCGAAUCAGGUAACAACUGGACGAAUCUCACCCUGUUUCUGCUCAGCAAGCUAGCCAUCACGAUGUCGUUCAGCACGCUGUACAUCUACACGGUGGAGAUCUUCCCCACCAAUCUCCGCCAGAGUCUACUCUCGCUCUGCUCCAUGUUUGGCCGCAUCGGAUCGAUGAUCGCCCCCCAGACCCCCCUCCUGGCCAAGCUGUGGUCCCCUCUGCCGAUGGUCGUGUUCGGAACCAUGGGCAUCGCUUCAGGCCUGGCGAUCCUCCAAUUCCCGGAGACGCUCAACACCAAACUGCCAAACACUGUCGAGCAAGCGAUGAACAUCAAAACUGACGACGAGGCCAAUAAAAAUCGUGAAGCGUGACAUAUUCAUC